AUGGGGUUGUGUUCAAGUAAAGAGGCUGUAAGUGAAAGUUCAAUAAGAAGAGUACAUCCUUUGAAUAUGGAGAGCAGUGUUGUUCUAACAAUAAAUUAUGCAAAAAUUCCAAAUAAAUUUAAACGAUUGCCUUAAAAUAAAUCAUGUGGUUUAAUAGGAUUAUAAAAUUUAGGGAAUACUUGUUAUAUAAAUGCUGUAGAUAGUUUGAUUUUAAUUUAAGGCUAUUUAAUGCCUAUCGAAUACAUAACCUCUUACAGAAUAUUUUUAAUAGAAACUUCAUAAUCAUGAAUUGAAUAUAGAGAAUCCACAAUCAAGUAGAGGACAGAUUACAAAUGCUUAUGCUCAUUUAAUAUGUUCUAUUUGGAGAGAAUAAUAUAACAAGAGUAUAAAUCCAUUUCAAUUGAUUUCGAUGAUUCAGUUGUGGAAUCCAUUUUUUGUUAUGAACACAUAACAAGAUAGUCAUGAGUUGUUAGCAUUCUUAUUGGACAUGCUCCAUGAAGAUUUAAAUAGAGUGAAAAUAAAACCAUAUGUAGAAGAAAAAACUUAUGAUUAAUAACCAAAUUAAAUAUAGGCAAAUAGAGCAUGGCAGGAUUAUCUAAAAAGAAAUAGAUCUAUAAUUGUGGAUUUAUUUUAAGGAUAAUCUAGAAAUUUUUUAUAAUGUUUGAUAUGUAAUACAAAAUCAUAUAAAUUUGAAACUUUUAUGUAUCUGAGUUUGCCAGUAUAAGGAGAAGGGGAUUUAUUACAGUGUAUAUCUGAAUAUUUGAAAGAGGAGGAAUUGGAUGAAGGGAAUUAAUGGUUUUGUUCAAUUUGUAAAUCUGUUAGGAGAAGUAAGAAAGGAAUAAAAUUAUGGAAACUGCCUAAUAUUUUAGUUAUUCACUUGAAAAGAUUUAAGUUUACAUAAAGUUAUCGUUGUAAAUUGAGAUAGUUAAUAAAUUUUCCAAUAUAUAAUUUGGAUCUCAACAAUUAUUCUGAAUAGGAAUAAGCUACUUAUGAUUUAUAUGGAGUUAUAAAUCAUAGUGGUACAUUGCAUUCAGGGCAUUACACUUCUUACUGUAAAAAUAAGGAUACUUAGAAAUGGUAUAAUUUUGAUGAUACAAAAGUUAGAGAGAUAAAGGAGAAAGAGGUUGUGAGUAGUGAUGCUUACUUACUAUUUUAUUAUAAAAAUUGUGUAGAUUCUUAUGAAAGAUAAAGUGAAUUGAUGAGAUCGAGUAUAAAAAACUCUUAAGUUUCACUUUUUAAGUAAAGUAAUGUUUUCGAAAAUAACAAUUUAAACCCUAGCAUGAAAUAAGGAAUGAAUAAAUUAUGUAUACCUGAAAUUGAAUAGCAAUUGUCUACUCCUCAAAUAUUUGGAAAGAAGAAAAGUAUGAAAACUUAAAAAUUAAGUCCACUUCCACGGAAGAAACCAAUAUUCUAAGUAUCAGAUAAUUAGAAGAUGUAAUGA